CUGUGAUCAUGUGCAUUCAGAUGAGCAGAUGCAGGACACACCCCUCUCAUCAGCAGCUACUUGAAGUCAGCUGUGGCAGGUCCUCUCUUUUAAUCACUUUGCCUCCUGGUCUCUCUACCCAAGGCUUCAAAAAGGUUGAAUAUGGCAACAGCAGAAUGUGUGAACAGACCUCUGCCGUCUCAUUCAGGAACUAAUAGAGGGAACCCAGCCAAUUCGGGUACAUCAAACUCUGAGCAGCAGGGUCCAGGACUUCAUCCCUCCAGCCAGGACCCAGGACUAUCAAGCCAACCCCAACCCCACAUCCCUCCCCAUCCCCGGCCUUUCUUCUACAUGUAUCCUGCACCUCCACCCCCUCUACUCCACUACCAGUGGCCCAUGCCCAUCCCCUAUAACCCCUUUGCUGGCUUCCCUGGCAUGGGCUACGGUGUGGUCAUGCCCCCUCUCCCCCCCAACCCAUACAUGGAGGCUCCAGGCUACAUUCUCCCCCACCCUCACAUUCAACCGGUUGAUUACCGGCGCAUGCUCCAUCCUCAGGUUCCUGCUGGCAGCGCACCCUACCAGCACCAAAACCCAAACCGUAGAUUCCGCCCUCAGUACAAUGUUCCUGUUGUCAGAGAGACUGUGAACUCUGAGGUCCAAACAGAACCAGCACUGACCACAACCAUAGGUAGUUAUGGCGCGAGAAGCCCACUGGCAAGUUCAGAGUCUGGACAUGGGACCAACUCCACCUCGCCCUCCUCCUCAAACUCCAGCACAGGAAAACAAGGAGAUACAGAAGUGGAAAACUACAUCUUACCCAGCAGCAAUACCAAAGAAAACUUCCUGAUUAAUAGGGAAAUCCAAGAUAGAGGCACAGCCAAAGAUGGUUUCAAAACCCCACCUCCAGCAUCUGAGAAAAUCCAGUCACACUUAAGGACACCUUUAGAACCGCAGAAGAGGUACAAAGGUAGCAUUCGUCAAGAAAAUGGUGCCACUUGUAGCAAUGAGGCCCUUGAUCAUUGUGAAAUGUGGUCUCUGUGUUCUACGGAUAGUAUGGUUCCUGUAUGCAGCUCUUCUGACCGAGAGAACAACAUCAUCACCAAAGAGAGACGAGUCUCUUUCCCUGAUAUUCUUAUGAGUUGGGGAAGCAGCACACCACCAGCGACAGCGCUAAAAAUGGUGGACAAGAUGUUGUCUUCAAGCAAAGAUCAGCUGGCCUCCUCUGAAGAAACGGAGGCAGAGCAUGAGAAGAUGGGUAAUGUCAAUCUGACUGAGCAAAAGAGCAGUCCGGUGGCAGUUGAUGGUAAAGACACUAAAGAUAUUGACACUGAACAUUUUUUCAGUUGUCAGGAACAUGAAGCCCCCCACAAGAUCCUCAAACUGCCUUUUACCAUCCCAGAUCUGCUGUCAGAAUCCAAAAAAGAGAAUGAAUCUGCGGGGCUGGUUGUUUCAUUAAGGACUUGCAUCCCCUCCAGACAGUGGGGGGUUAGCCAUGAACGGCUAGAUUCCCUGAAUGAAUCCCAAAAAGUCCCCGAUGCUGACCAAGAAAACUGCAAUGAGUCUUUUCCACUUGAAAAGACUACAGAGAUCAUUCCACAUCAAAUGUCUUUCAGUUAUGUUCAGAUCAAGAGAAAAUUAAACGAGUCUGUCUGGUCUGUGGAGUCAUUAGCCCCUUAUAUCCCCUCUCAGGACUGGCUCGUACAGAAUGGUGUCCUAGAGCCUGAUGUAAUCAUUGAAGAAAUUGCGAUGAAUGAUGAAAAUGGUGGCCUAUCAACCCAUAAUGACUAUCCAAUAGACAAAGUUCAGAAAGAGAGAAGGCGCAGCCGCAGGUUUUCCUCUGACUUUCUCCCAGUCCCCACCAGUUGGCUUGGUGACCAAUGUAAAGUGAACUGCCACAACAGGUUCCCCUUGGCCUCUCAGCCGAAUGUUGAUGUUUUCAGUACCCCAGCUGAGAAGCUAGACCCUGAAAAGAAGCCAGAUAUGCAGUGUAAAGUUCACCCCUCUCAAAUGGAGGGAAAACUGAAGCAAGGCCCGAGUAUGGAGCCUCCAGUUAAGGAUUCCCUUGCCUCCCCACCUCUCAUGCAGAGUGAAAUGGGCUCAUCUACAGAGAAGGAUGCUGAUAAAAGUGGGUCUUCUGAACCUGGGGCUAAUCAAAGCCUGAACCAGAAAUCUCUUAUUGUAAUUGAGCAGCAGGAGCAAAGCCCUUGCUCUCCUGAGCUAGUAGAAAUCCCUCUCUCAAACCCCUUGGAAGGGGAGAAAAGCCCAACUAUUGGCCAAUUGAGUCUCCAUAAGAAGGAAGUCAUAAUGGAGCAGAAAAGUGCAGUAUGUGGGAAUGAAGAAGCCAGUGAGCUGACAAUUGUCAAACUGGGCGUCAAGGUGGCCUACCAGAAAUUGUCUCCGUCGAAGGGAGACUUGGUGGACUGUGGUGUCCAAUGUUCUGAAUUUCAGGAGGUGAACUGCCCCUGCAAAGAGUUAAAAAAUGGGACAGGGGUGAGAAGAAAGAGCCCUUUAAAACAGUCAGACUUGAAGAAAGCUAACAGACCCAAGGCUGCAGUAGAAGCCAAUGAGAAUGGAUAUGUGCACAAAAACUACAAGAGGCAUGGACAUUGGAGGAACAGGCAGCAAGACAGACAACAGACACAGAGCAACCAGUCCAACAAACUGUUCCUGCAGGAUACCAACCAGGAGGAGGCCUACAGUGGAUAUUACAGCAAACCUGGAAAAACAAAAGGUGGAAAUGGAAGGAACCAAAGAUACUGAACACCGACCAGACUCUACAUACAAGACAGCUCCUGUUUUUAAAGUAUGACCUCUUUUAAGAUCUAAAAGUAAUAAAAAUGUAAAUGGAAUAAAUACAGAAUAUUUUCUAUAAA